AUAGUGGACUUGUUUGUCACGUUCUCUCAUCAGAAGAGUGGCUAGAUCCCAAAUUAUACCCUAUUCCCUAUAUAGAACACUACUAUAGACCAGAGCCCUAUUCCCUAUAUAGUACACUACUGUUGACCAGGGCCAUAUUCCCUAUAUAGUACACUACUGUUGACCAGGGCCAUAUUCCCUAUAUAGUACACUACUGUUGACCAGAGCCCUAUUCCCUAUAUAGUGCACUAAUUUUGACCAGAGCCCUAUUCCCUAUAUAGUACACUACUGUUGACCAGGGCCAUAUUCCCUAUAUAGUACACUACUGUUGACCAGGGCCAUAUUCCCUAUAUAGUGCACUACUUUAGACCAGAGCCCUAUUCCCUAUAUAGUGCACUAAUUUUGACCAGAGCCCUAUUCCCUAUAUAGUACACUACUGUUGACCAGGGCCAUAUUCCCUAUAUAGUGCACUACUUUAGACCAGAGCCCUAUUCCCUAUAUAGUGCACUAAUUUUGACCAGAGCCCUAUUCCCUAUAUAGUACACUACUGUUGACCAGGGCCAUAUUCCCUAUAUAGUGCACUAAUUUUGAUCAGAGGCCUAUGAGGAAUAGGGGGGCAAUUGGGACGCAGCCUGUAUGUGAAACUGGUCAGUUUUUAAAUGUUUCUGAGGUUCUUAUUGGUUGUCUGAUUCUCUGACCAUGUCUGUGGUUGUUAUGGUUACCGACUGUUUUGGUUGUUGUUUCUUUGUUCUGUUUAUCUCUCUCUUUUUGUGGUUUAACUGUCUGUGGUCAGGUUCUGGCCAAUCAGAUGGCUCUGUGGUCAGGUUCUGGCCAAUCAGAUGGCUCUGUGGUCAGGUUCUGGCCAAUCAGAUGGCUCUGUGGUCAGGUUCUGGCCAAUCAGAUGGCUCCGUGGUCAGGUUCUGGCCAAUCAGAUGGCUCCGUGGUCAGGUUCUGGCCAAUCAGAUGGCUCUGUGGUCAGGUUCUGGCCAAUCAGAUGGCUCUGUGGUCAGGUUCUGGCCAAUCAGAUGGCUCUGUGGUCAGGUUCUGGCCAAUCAGAUGGCUCUGUGGUCAGGUUCUGGCCAAUCAGAUGGCUCUGUGGUCAGGUUCUGGCCAAUCAGAUGGCUCUGUGGUCAGGUUCUGGCCAAUCAGAUGGCUCUGUGGUCAGGUUCUGGCCAAUCAGAUGGCUCUGUGGUCAGGUUCUGGCCAAUCAGAUGGCUCUGUGGUCAGGUUCUGGCCAAUCAGAUGGCUCUGUGGUCAGGUUCUGGCCAAUCAGAUGGCUCUGUGGUCAGGUUCUGGCCAAUCAGAUGGCUCUGUGGUCAGGUUCUGGCCAAUCAGAUGGCUCUGUGGUCAGGUUCUGGCCAAUCAGAUGGCUCUGUGGUCAGGUUCUGGCCAAUCAGAUGGCUCUGUGGUCAGGUUCUGGCCAAUCAGAUGGCUCUGUGGUCAGGUUCUGGCCAAUCAGAUGGCUCUGUGGUCAGGUUCUGGCCAAUCAGAUGGCUCUGUGGUCAGGUUCUGGCCAAUCAGAUGGCUCUGUGGUCAGGUUCUGGCCAAUCAGAUGGCUCUGUGGUCAGGUUCUGGCCAAUCAGAUGGCUCUGUGGUCAGGUUGUGACUACUGCUGUCUAACUUCUCCUGGAGGACCCCUGGUGUUUCUGAUAGUUUAACUUCCGUCCAGCUCGGGAUUCAAUCAAAGGAUUGUGGAUUAUGAGCAAACCACACUAGACUGUUCAAUCUAAUGUUCAGCUGACAUCCGCAGCGUUUACCAUGACAACCAUCUCCACGAAGGUCAGAGGAAUGAGCUGGUUAACGGUGCAUCGUCCACAGGUGUCGUGGACAGUUCGCCUUUGGUUGAAUCCCAGCCGUCUCAUUCAGACCUGGGACACCAAAUCAUGUAUCAAUUACAUGUCCCAAAAUGGCACCCUAUUCCCUAUAUAGUCCCCUACCUUUGACCAGAGGCCCCCGGGGUAACGGGAGGCCCCCGGGGUAACGGGAGGCCCACGGGGGAACGGGAGGCCCACGGGGGAACGGGAGGCCACAGGGGAAGCAGUGUCUUGUCAACCCUCCAGGCCUAGUUUGACCUCACAGGGGAGGCAGUCUGUCAGCCCUCCAGGUCUAGUUUGACCUCACAGGGGAGGCAGUCUGUCAGCCCUCCAGGUCUAGUUUGACCUCACAGGGGAGGCAGUCUGUCAGCCCUCCAGGUCUAGUUUGACCUCUCAUCUCCCUGGUUAAAUGGAACUGGACUCGUCACUCGCUGCUUCUCAAUGUUUUAUGGAGUGUCUGUAUGUUAUUAUAUCAUCACAUUUUAAAACUACUUAUGUGUUGACCUCUAAGUACCCUGUGAACUAUUUUGAUUGAGAAAAAAUACAAAUAAAUAAAUAGAUUUAUGUCAAA